AACACAUUACCCAUAAUGCCUAGCUCGCCAACCAGGAAGUAAACUUAUUCGACCAAGCUAGCGUUUUGAAUGAUUUUUGUGUCUUUUAGAGAUGAGCUGCUCGCUGGAGAAGGUGCUGACAGACGCCAGGUCUCUGGUGGAGCGGCUCCGAGAUCACGACAACGCCGCUGAGAUCCUGAUCGAGCAAACUACUGUCCUGAACAAACGCGUAGAGGCCAUGAAGCAGUAUCAGGAAGAGAUCGAGGCACUCAACCAGGUGGCGAGGCAUCGUCCACGAUCUACUCUGGUGAUGGGCAUUCAGCAGGAGAACCGGCAAAUACGAGAACUGCAGCAGGAGAACAAAGAGUUGCGUACAUCUUUAGAAGAGCACCAGUCAGCACUGGAGCUGAUCAUGAGUAAGUACAGAGAGCAGGUCUUCCGCCUCCUCAUGGCCAGCAAGAGAGACGACCCAGGUAUCGUCACGCAGCUCAAAGAGCAGCACACUAACGAGAUGCAGGCGCACAUAGACAAAAUAAACGAGAUGGCCACAGUGAUGAAGAAAGCCAUCGAAGUAGACGAAGGACGUGCAUGUGAAGAUGAGGAGCGAAUCAAACAGCUGGAGCUGGAGAACCGAGGCCUGAGGGAGCUGUUGGGGAUUAGUCGAGAGGCGUUCCUGGUGCUGAGGAGAGAAGAGCGAGACGACGUGUCUGACAGCACCUCCCUGUCUCCGCUUGUGACCAGCAGUGACUUGAGCUUGAGGAAGAACUAGUGUUAAAUUAUUGUUUCUGAGACAAAAAUGGACUUUUCCUAACACAAACACGCACACAUUUACACUGAAGAGCAUUCACUCUGCAGACAAGAGCAUGUUCACGCUUCGGCAUGUCUCAGUAGUUCUGUGCAGCUCGUUUAUUUAAUAGCCACAUGGCCAUCAAGCUUCAUUACUGCAUCCAGAUCUGCUGUAAAAUCCGAGCGAGUGUGUGAGGAUUCCGUUAGAGAGGUCUAAAGUAAACUAACAUUUUCUCAUUUUCUCAGCAGUGUAAAUAAAAGCCUCACCAUAGGUGUUACAAGAUGGACCGUCACUUGGUCUAAGUGCUGUAAAUAUAUAUUGCAGUUGACGGCUACAUGAUGUUGUAAAAUUAAUUCUGCUUGUUUUUAGAGCUGCCUUGAGACUGGUGCUUUGAGAUGUGUGUGUGUGUGUGUGUGUGUAUAUGAGAGAGAUUUAUUGAAAUGAAUAAAAU